AUGUCGUCCUCUCAGGAAGCUGCUUCCCGUGCAGCUCUUCGCACAGCCCGUCGUGUUUGUGUCAAGGCUGGAACAGCUGUAGUUGCCAACGAGAAUGGAAGCCCUUCUUUGACGAGGCUUGGAGCCAUUGUGGAGCAAAUUUCCGAGUUGAAGAGCAAAGGAAUUCAAGUGAUCUUUGUCAGUUCUGGUGCAGUUGGUAUGGGAAAGAGAGUUUUGAAGAACCAAAGAAAAUUACAAAUGUCAUUCAUCGAUAUGCAAGAGAAAAACGAUGAUCCUGAGGGGUCAUCCUCGUUUGACGAAGAGAAAUCACACCUGCUGUCGAAUGACGUCAACCCCACAGGUCGAAACUCGAGUUUCAACACUCUUCUUGACCACCACGCCCGUCCCCACACACCUGCUGAAAAGAAGAAAUUUUAUGAUUCUGCGUGUGCUGCUGCUGGGCAGUUCGAAAUGAUGAAUUUGUACUCGGCUCUUUUCAAUCAAUGCAACAUUACCGCGUCGCAAGUUCUUGUCACUCAAGCUGAUUUUGUUGAUCCCCAACGUCUUCAAAAUCUACGAUACACUGUCGAACGCUUAUUGGCCCUUGGAGUCUUACCAAUCAUCAAUGAGAACGAUGCCGUGUCCGGCAAUAUGGGAUACACCGCAGAAGAUGUCUUUUCCGACAACGAUUCUCUUGCCGCUAUCUGUGCGAGAAACUUUGAUGCAGAAGUCCUAUUGCUAUUAACUGAUGUCGAAGGCGUUUUCGAUCAACCUCCUUCCACUCCAGGCGCAAAGCUGCUCGGGGUCUUUGUCGAUGAUUCUCAAGUAGAAAUCGGCGCAAAGAGUUCUCAAGGACGAGGAGGCAUGGGGUCAAAAAUUGAUGCUGCAGCAAGUGCAGUUGUCCCAGGCUCCAAAUGUACAGCUUGCGUCGUUGCAUCAGGAAAAGACCUCAAUUCUAUCAGAUCUAUCCUUGGUGAUGACAAGUCACAUAAGCAGAAGGGUACUCUUUUCUGCUCUCCUGGAAGCUCACUAGAGCAAACAGCUUUGUUAGAGUUAAAGGCAUCACAGGCUUCAGACGCAAAUGUGUCGAUGGAAGCUCGUCAGCAGGCGGUCGCUGCACGGACGGAAGCCCGCAAAUUGCAAGCAAUGCCAUACAAGACGCGACAAGAUAUCCUCAAUGCUGUUGCCGAUGCCUUGAUUGCAAGAAAGGCAGAUCUAAUUUCCGCCAAUCAAAUUGAUUUGGAAGCUGCCGAGAUGGACGGUGUUGAUCUGGUGCUGAAGAAACGUCUGAAACUUACCGAGGAAAAAAUCGCGACCCUCGCUUCAGGUCUUCGUCAGAUUUCUGGGCUUAAAGAUCCCUUGGGUGUUGUAAAGAGCAAACGAGAGCUUGCCGAUGGAAUGGAGCUCUCGCAAAUCACUGUACCAAUCGGCGUAUUGAUGAUCGUCUUUGAGUCCCGUCCAGACUCCAUGCCACAAAUUUCAGCUCUUUCGCUUGCUAGUGGAAACGGAUUAUUGCUGAAAGGUGGCAAGGAGGCUGUCAAUUCUAAUGCUGCUAUCCACAAAGUUAUCGGAGACGCAAUUGAAGCCGGAAGUAGUGGCAAAAUCAGGAGAGAUAUCAUCGGCCUUGUUACUAGUCGUGGCCAGGUAUCGGACAUGUUGGCAUUGGACGACGUUAUCGACCUCGUGAUUCCUCGUGGAGGCAAUGCGCUCGUCUCCUACAUCAAAGCAAACACAAGGAUCCCAGUUCUCGGGCAUGCCGACGGUGUUUGUCAUGUGUACUUGGACUCCAGCGCUGACUCUGAUGCGGCUUGCAAGAUUGCGGUCGAUGCAAAGAUCGACUAUCCAUCUGCAUGCAAUGCCAUGGAAACAUUGUUGGUCCACAAAGAUACAGUUGAUAAUGGUGUGACACCUAAAGUCCUAAUGGCUUUGAGAAAGGCUGGUGUAAAGUGUCUUGGCGGACCCAAAGCAAUGACACUUGGGCUCUGUGACACAGCUGCAGAACAAAUGAAGUGUGAAUAUGGUAACUUGACCUGUAUGGUCGAAGUUGUGGAAAAUAUGGACGAGGCAAUCGGUUGGAUCCACCAAUAUGGUAGCGGACACACUGAGGCAAUUGUAUGCAGUGAAGGAAAUGAAAUAGGUGAAGAGUUUCUCCGUCGUGUUGAUGCCGCAUGCGUCUUCAAGAAUGCAUCAACGCGUUUCGCAGAUGGGUUCCGCUUUGGAUUGGGUGCGGAAGUUGGCAUCUCGACCGGCCGUAUCCAUGCUCGUGGUCCAGUAGGUGUCGAAGGGCUGCUGACCACCAAGUGGCAAUUGCGCUCUCAAGGUAUCAACAUUGUUGGCGAGUUUGGGGGUGACAAUCCAACUAAGAAAUACACCCACAAGGAGAUGUAG